GUUGGCUAUCCUGAAUGAUUCGUUUGCUGACAAACGUUGCUGUGAUCAAAAAGUCUGAUAUAACUGAAAAUCUGUUACGUGUGAGAAGGAUAUUUAUAUAACAAUACCAAACAUGUCUAAUGAUGUAAACAUGCAGGCUGAAAAGCCCAAUGAAGAAGACAAUGUUGAUAAAACUGAAGAAGAAGAAGGCAGAUCGUCUAAUGACCUGCAUGCGCAAGAGAGUGGUCCUAUUUAUGGAGGUUGUGAAGGACCAAAUGCUAUGUAUGUGAAGCUUGUCAGUAGUGAUGGACAUGAAUUUAUUGUUAAGCGAGAACAUGCAUUGACAAGUGGCACUAUCAAAGCAAUGUUAAGUGGUCCUGGUCAAUUUGCAGAAAAUGAAGCUAAUGAAGUUAACUUCCGAGAAAUUCCCUCACACGUUUUACAGAAAGUCUGCAUGUACUUUACAUACAAAGUGCGCUAUACAAAUAGUAGUACAGAAAUCCCAGAAUUUCCCAUUGCACCUGAAAUUGCACUAGAACUGUUGAUGGCUGGUAAUUUUCUAGACUGCUAAAUGUUAUCAGAAGCAGAAGUAGCAUAUAUUGUGGCAAUCCAAUUCACAAGGAAAAAGUGAUUUUCCUCAUUACUAUUGUUUAAGUUGCGUUGGUAUUUGUGAUACUUUGAAGCAUAAUAAUUAAUAAUCACCUUGUAUUCGUGAUUUAGACAUUUUAGUGCAACGAUACAUUGUGUGACGCUAAAAAUAUUAAGAUUUGCAUUGUUAAAGGUUUACAAUUUCACAAAUCCUAAAUAAAAAUUAAUCAGGAAGACUUUGAAGAUAUUUAAUGCACUUAUAAAAAGCUAAUAAGAUUAAUGUAAUUAAGAACUGCAAUGCUAAUAUUGGUGCACAUUGAUGUAAAUAUAAAUAUCAAUAAUUUA